AUGCCUCCCAGGCUCCUUUUGGAUCCACAUUCCUUGGCAACCCUCCACUCCAUCAACAUCAUGAACUCCAGCCACCACACCACCCUCUUCCACACCCCUGAUGCCACCAUUACUGGUUGUUUCCUCCAGAUCUUGUCAGAGAUCCCGUUUGGAGGUUUGCUCUUAGCCUCAUCAACUUUUGUAAUCAUCCACUCCCUUUGCCAGCGGAGGCGCCAUGGCCUUGCCGUAUGGCCUGUCCUUGGGAUGCUUCCCUCGCUGCUCGUCGGCAUUCGAGGCAAUGCCUACGAGUGGGCUACCGACGUGCUUGUUAGAACAAAUGGCACAUUCACCUUCCAAGGUCCAUGGCUCAGCAACCUUCAGUGUGUUGUGACUGCCAACCCCGCCAACCUCAAGUAUAUUCUUAAGACCAAGUUCGCCAACUUUCCCAAGGGGGAGUACAUCCAGGGCCUCGUCCGUGACAUGCUCGGGCACGGCAUCUUCAGCACCGAUGGUGAGGCAUGGCACCACCACAGGAAGAGAUCGAGCCUUCAGUUGCACUCAGCGGAGCUCCGAGCUGCCAUGGCCAAAUCUGUAAUUGAGCUCACUCACUUGAGGCUUCUACCAGUGCUCGAGUCCUUGGUCAACAUCCCAUUUGAUCUACAAGACGUGCUACUUAGGCUGACAUUCGACAACGUCUGCAUGAUUACCAUGGGCAUCAAUCUGGGCUGCCUGAGUCUGGGGCUUCCAAAGAUGCCCUUUGCCGAGGCCUUUGAGAACAUUACAGAGGUCAUCGCACUCCGGUUUAUAACCCCAACAGCCUUGUGGAAAGCCAUGUACUACUUGGGAGUUGGGGGUGAAGGGAAGCUCAAGAGGUCACUGAAGGAAGUCGAUGAAUUUACUUAUGAGGUGAUUCGGAGGAGGAAGGCAGAGCUAUCAUCAUUAUCUGGUGACAAGUCAAGGUCUGAUCUGUUGACAGUGUUUAUAAGGCUCAAGGAUGAGAAUGGGAAUGCAUUCUCUGACAAGUUCCUGAGGGAUCUCUGCAUGAAUUUUAUACUGGCAGGGAGGGACACAUCGUCGGUCGCUUUGGCUUGGUUUUUCUGGUUGUUGGACCAGAAUCCAGAGGUGGAGGAAGAAAUCCUUGCGGAGGUUAGGCGAAUAGUAGAGGAGAGAGGAUAUGGUGGCAAUGGGGAAGGAGAGAAUACUUUGGUAUUUAGGCCAGAGGAGGUGAAGAGGAUGGAGUAUCUACAGGCAGCUCUGUCGGAGGCUUUAAGGCUGUACCCAUCAGUGCCAGUGGAUUUCAAAGAGGUGACAGAAGAUGAGGUAUUUCCAGAUGGGACCACACUGAAGAAAGGAAUAAAGGUGAUGUACUCCCUCUACUCCAUGGGCAGAAUGGAGAGCAUAUGGGGGGAAGACUGUAGGGAGUUCAAGCCGGAAAGAUGGCUCAAAGAUGGGCGAUUUGUGAGUGAAUCUUGGUCCAAGUUCCCAGCCUUCAAUGGAGGGCCAAGAUUGUGCUUGGGGAAGGACUUCGCAUACUAUCAGAUGAAGUUUGUUGUGGCUUCCAUCAUCUACCGCUAUCAUGUUAAGGUAUUUCCAAACCAUCCGGUGGUCCCAAAAUUGGCACUGACUGCGUACAUGAAGCAUGGAUUAAAGGUGAUACUUGAGAAAAGAUAAAUCCAACUUUAUCAUGGAAGGUGCUCAUGCUUUUAUGUUACUUCAAAUUCUUGGGUAUAUGCAAAAUAUUUCUAGCCAAGGUAAUAAAAAGUGACACAUGA